ACAGUAGCCACCAGCCUUUAGACUUGGUGUGGCUGAUUUAUUAAUUCUAAUGAAUGUUUGACCCAGUCGUAACCCUUAAAGUUUGAAGUUAUGUUUCGUAAUCAGUACGACAGUGAUGCAAUAACAUGGAGUCCUCAAGGAAGAUUGCAUCAGGUAGAGUACGCAAUGGAAGCAGUAAAACAAGGUUCUUGCGCUGUUGGUUUAAAGUCCAGUACCCAUGUUGUUUUGUUAGGUUUAAAGAGAUCCGCCCACGAGCUCUCGACUCAUCAGAAAAAGGUUUUAUACAUUGACGAUCAUAUCGGUUGCGCUAUUGCUGGUUUGACUUCUGAUGCUAGGAUGCUGAGUAAGUUUAUGAGAACAGAAUGUUUGCAUUCCAAGUUUGCUUUUGAAACGCCGAUGCCUAUACAAAGACUUGUAGCCAAGCUGGGGGAUAAGGCCCAAGUCACAACUCAACAGUAUGGAGGACGACCGUAUGGGGUUGGGCUACUCAUAGGCGGCUUUGACAAGAUUGCAGGACCGAAACUUUAUCAGUUCUGUCCUUCAGCCAACUUUUUUGAUUGCCAGGCCAUGGCUAUUGGAUCACGCUCACAAUCUUCACGAACUUAUCUGGAGAGAAACUUAUCAAAGUUUUUAAACGCCAAGAGGGACGAACUGAUUAUUUACGGCCUUCACGCACUAAGGGAUAGUCUGCCUAACAAUUAUGAGCUAACUGUUCACAACACUUCAGUUCUUGUUGUAAGCGCCAACGAAGUUUGUAAACUUAUCGAAGAAGAGGAAAUUGCUAAGCUUUUAAGCCAACUGGAAAGUCGAUCGAAAAGGGAAGAAACUAUAGAAGGCGAAGAGGUCGGUACGAAAAAAGAUUCGGAACAAGAACAACAUGAGCGCGAUUUAUCUAUGCAACUUGACGAAUAAAAUAAAUUAUACUUAAGAAGAGUUACAUAACAUAUACAAGUGUUCAUAAUUGAAAAUAAGAAAGUAGUGACAGAAACUAUAGUGCACCUUGUUUUAUCAAAUUCUUCGAAUACUGAGCAUUGCAAGCUGCCUUCCUUAAAAUAGCUCAAGUUCU